UUGCCCCCUCGGUACGUAUCUUCGAAGUCGUCGCUCCGUAAAGCGGUGGCCAAAAGGGUGUUACUCGGUGAAUCUUCGAGUGCCUGCGCUUCAAGCCCCACGGAAACAUAGAAAGCAAGAACGGAAAAAAGUUGGCGGAGUGGAACUUUUAGCGACGUCGGUGGACCCAGUGAAAGUCCCGAGGAAGAAAACAUUUUCCUCGGUUUCGUCGCAUAGUCUCCGAGCCUGGUGGGCGACGUGCACGCUGAUUCGGCGCUGAGCACGUCCAAGCUGGGCAGGCAGUACGUGGCCCUCGACUCGGACUGCAUGAGUGUCAAGAGCGAGCACAACCUCACCAAUGCGCUCAUACAGAACAACUGUCGCGCUCCCAUGGCGAGCCUGGAGUGCCUGGACGAGGGUACACUGUCCAGCGGCAGCUCCGUGCUGGCCAGCCAGCCACCCACCAGACAAGUGUCUAUGUUUGCACCACCUACCGUCCGCUACAGAAAUCUUGGAAAAUCAGGACUACGCAUAUCAAACGUCGGUUUAGGAACCUGGGUGACGUUCGGCUCACUAAUAUCAGAAGAGGUUGCGGAGGACAUCGUGACAGCCGCCUUCGACAAUGGGAUCAACGUCUUCGACACGGCCGACAUUUACGCCGGAGGAAAGGCCGAGGUGGCUCUUGGCAAGGUGCUCAAGAAGAAGCGAUGGAGACGGUCAUCGUACGUAGUUACAACAAAGUUGUUCUGGGCGACAAAGUCCGAUUCCGAACGAGGGCUGUCCAGGAAAGCCAUCAUUGAAGGUCUUCAGGCGUCGCUAGAGCGCCUACAGCUGAACUACGUAGACAUAAUGCUAAUCAACAAGGCCGACUCCAUGUGUCCCAUGGAAGAGAUAGUGCGGGCGUGUACAUACUGCAUUAACCAGGGGAUGGCCAUGUACUGGGGCACGUCACGAUGGAGCGCCGUGGAAAUAAUGGAAGCGUACACAGUGGCGAGGCAGUGUCACCUGGUGCCCCCCGUCGCGGAACAGACCGAGUACCACAUGUUCCACAGGGACAAGGUGGAACUGCAGCUACCAGAGCUGUGCCAGAAGAUCGGAAUUGGCACAAUGUCGUGGUCGCCGCAGGCCUUCGGCGUUCUGACGGGAAAAUUUGACGAAGGCGUCAACCUACUCUCAAGGGGCUCGUUCAGGCAAUAUGUUUCGGCCGUGACGGACAAGGUGGACCGUCCGGAGAAGGCCAUCUGCGAGGAGUCCGGCGGUCGCUUCACGCGGCAACACUCUAAGCUACAGGAGCUCUCGUACAUCGCCGACAGGCUCGGCUGCAGCUGCAAUCAGCUCACUAUCGCGUGGUGUCUGAAGAGCGAACACGUGCACACCGUUCUCGUGGGCGCCUCUUCAGUGGACCAGUUGUACGACCACCUGGGCGCAUUGCAGGUGGUCCCGAAGCUGACGUCGGCCGUGAUGGGCGAGAUCGAGAAAGUCCUGGACAACCGGCCGCGGCCGGUGCCGCCACCCAGGUGACAAUUGCAGGAGCCCUGGCUGGGGCCCCGAGCACCUAUACCCGACAGCCCCGGAUCUCAGCAGCUACAGCCGCAGCAGCACAUCGCACUCGAACUGGACGACCCGGGCCCGGCCGAAGAAGGAGGCCGCGUGCAGCGCUUCUUCGCGAGCGUCGCGCACGCCUGUGUCAUCCAGUAGCGCUGCCUAUUGUUCUACAUACAGUGUACAUACGGUAUCCGCAUUGCGAGACUACCGCGGGCGUUUCUCUUGUUCUUCCGUGCUCGGUCAGGUGACCAUAUAUGCCUGUCGACACGAAAUACCGAAGUGGACUGUACCUGCGGGAACCAC